AUGGCCGAAGCUACCUGCACCGCUCCCGUCAGUCACUCAACUCUCCUCAUCUGACCAAGCUCUGCCCGGGCCCGACGGGGAGCGUCAGCUGACACCCGUCUCGAUUCGCUUUGAUCUGGUUGACAGGUCAACAUCGCCGUCGUCAAAUAGUGAGCGAUGUGCUCCUCUGCCGCGUUCCGAAAAGUACAAGCUGUACUGACGUGCAGCUCUUUCCCUUCGCCCCGCCCUCCUCGCCCUCCUCUCGCACUCUCCUUCCUCUCUACAGCUGGGGCAAACGCAAUACCUCGCUCAUCCUUCCCACCAACUCGUCCCUCUCCGUCACCUUGUCCCAAGACCACCUGCGCUCCCUCACCUCCGCCCAAGUGAUUGAAGGUGCCGCGUCGUCGCAAGAUCGACUAUGGCUCAACGGCGUCGAGGAGGAGAUCAAGCAAGGUGGUAGGACCGAGAGGUGUUUGAGUGAGAUGAGGGCCUUGAGGAAACAGAUCGAGGUUAGUUGGGAUGAGGUCGACAUUGCCCGUGUGAUGGCUUCUAACGGCAUAGAAUGGACCCUCUUAGGACAAGGACUCGUCCCUUCCCAAGCUUUCGAUCUCGCCCGUCCACAUCGCCUCGGAGAACAACUUCCCCACCGCUGCUGGGCUAGCUUCCUCCGCAUCAGGUCUUUCGGCCCUGAUCGCGACCCUGUCUUCGUUAUACGCCCUCGAAGCCAAUGGGAUCAGCGUCUCGGACCUCUCCCGUAUCGCUCGACAAGGCUCCGGAUCGGCCUGCCGGUCCAUGUUCGGUGGUUUCGUCGCUUGGGAAAUGGGACAAAAAGCCGACGGCUCUGACUCUGCUGCUGUCCAAGUCGCCCCUAGGGAGCAUUGGCCAACGAUGCAAGCUUUGAUCCUCGUCGUUUCGGAUCACAAGAAGGGGACCUCGUCCACUUCGGGAAUGCAAAGGACCGUCGCGACGUCGGAACUGUUGCAACAUCGAAUCAAACACGUCGUACCCGCUCGGAUGGCGAGGAUGGAGAAAGCCAUCCAGGCCAAAGAUUUCGAUGCGUUCGCUCUCGAGACGAUGGUCGAUUCGAAUCAAUUCCACGCUGUGUGCCUCGAUACCGAACCCCCCAUUUUUUACAUGAACGACGUCUCGAAAGCCAUCAUCGCUUUGACCGUCGAGAUCAAUCGAAUCUCCCAACAAACAGAGAAUCGACUCAAGGUCGCUUACACCUUUGAUGCGGGGCCGAAUGCGGUGCUUUAUGCGGAGGAAAAGGACGUCAAGGACGUGUUGGAGAUCGUGUUGAGGUAUUUUCCUCAGGCGAAAGGAUUCGAGGAUCCGUUCGGCCUGAAGCCUGUGGCUAAGGAUACGUUGCGGGAGGGUUUCAAUGACAAGGUCAUCCCUGUAUUUGAAAGUGGGAGCGUGUCGAGAAUCAUCCAUACCGAAGUCGGAGAUGGUCCGAGGGUCUUGAGUAAGGGGGAGAGUCUCUUGGGCGCGGAUGGGUUACCCAAGAGUUUGAAGGCUUAG